GGAAGGUUCCAAGAAAAUGGUUCAAAAUAAAGCAGGAAAAGAUUCUGGGAAAAAUCUUGGUGGAUUUGUGAGUAAAACACAACAGAAGAAGAGCUUGUUAGCCGGAGCAAUUUUCAAGGAUGAUAGUAGUGGCACCUCUGAAGAUGAAGUUGAUAACUCUGAUGCCAGCACUAGAACUCCUUCAGAUAAUCCUCUCUUGUCUGAUUUUUCUGAUGGGGAUAGCAGUUCAGGUCUGGCUUCACAAGAAAAUGAUUCGUAUGGUGGGAAAAGAAUGGAAAAUGGUGGAAGGAGUUCCUUGAAAGAAAGCUUGUCAGGCACAAAAGGGAUGCCAAUUGAUCAUGUUCUCAGAAGUUCAAGAAGGUUUAAGAAGGCUAAAACAACCGCCUCUCAAUUGGAAGAAACCCAAAGCCAACCAGAGUUUGUUCCAGACAGCCUCGCUGACAUAUAAUCACAAGUUUCAGCAGAAAACCAGGAAUUUUGAUAUCACAUUGUUCAAGUUUUGUAUCUUCUUACAUAAACGCUGUUUUUCUAUUAUAGAGUGUUUACC